AUGUAUUUCAUCCUUGCUCUGGGUCUAGCCUUAUUUGUGCGGGCAUCUACUGGGCUCAAUAAUGCAUCGUGGCUAUGGGGUCCAUACCGACCAAACCUCUACCUUGGUAUACGGCCUCAAAUUCCGGAAUCUCUAUCAAUGGGUAUAAUGUGGUCCAAUGCGGAUGACUUACCAACGAUCGACAAGACUCUUCGUCAUACAUGUGAGGAAAGUGACGGCAUAAUGAAUUUUGGCUGGAAAUUCUACGAUGCCCGCACCGGCGGUAGUCAAGUAAUAAAUGAUACUGGGAAUCGUGUUGACAUGGCCACUGAUUUCCUUAAAUCAGUGGACCAGGGAUCCCAAGAAUGGCAGCUCAGAGUUCAGGCUGUUCCAAGGUCAGGUUCAGAAGAGCGCCAGAGUACGAUGCUGGUGUUCUAUCUUGGUUCCGAAAGCCCAGAGUCAAAGGUUACUUGCAAGCGACAUCACAGCCACAGGGUCUCGCACAGUGAUAUAUCCUGCCAGGGAACGACGCCUACUAUCGGUGCGUUCUCAGUUGAUAUUGGAGUCUCUGGAGCUAGAAGCGAUCUUUUACAGCAUCUAGUCAUCAACAGCAUGAAUAUCCCCGUGACAAAGAUGUGGCAGGCUAAAGCCUUUUUCUUGGACGAACUCAAAACCCGCGGUCUGGGUGACGGGUUUAUCCCGAAUAAUCCUGGGGAGGGCAAUCUGCAUUUUGUGCAGCUGAUUUUUGAGGACUCGAAUGAGAUUGAAGUUUCCUUCAACUCUGGCAAAGAGCAUCUAACCAUGACUUCAACGCCACUGACCAAACGCCUGGAAGGGAUCUCGGCCGGCUUCCAGAAGCAACAUCGUUUGACCUACAAACCACAGCCUCCCUUUAAGGGCGCACAGUUCGUUGGAUUUUCACAAUAUUUGCUUUCCAACUUAAUGGCUGGAAUUGGCUACUUAUAUGGAACAGACAAGGUCAGCCUCAAUUCAACUUCAGAGUUCACAGAUACGCAAGACGAUUUCUGGAUGUAUGCCUCCCUUGGCGAGGAACAGAAGCUAGUCCAGGAACGAAGGCCGCGUCAACUUCUAACGUCUACCCCAUCGAGACCACAUCUUCCUCGUGGAUACCUCUUCGAUGAGGGUUUUCACCAGGAAAUCAUUCUUGAGUGGGAUAUGGAACUAGCCAUGACCAUGUUAGCCAGCUGGUUCGACUUGAUGGAUGAUGAUGGGUGGAUAGCUCGUGAACAGAUUUUAGGCCCCGAGGCACGAAGCAAGGUACUGCCAUUGCUACAAGUUCAAUUCCCACACUUUGCGAACCCCCCAACCCUGUUUACCGCUAUCGAGAAAAUAACUGAGAUGCUCCAAAUGGAAGCUUCUUCCCCGGAGAACUCCAAACAGUAUCUCGCAGAUCCCACUGAGGGAAAGCUUUGGCUGAAAGCGAUAUAUCCAAAGCUGAAGAGACACUAUGAAUGGUUCCAUACGACGCAAGCGGGGAACAUGACCCACUAUCGACAUCGCAGCCGGUCUUUCCUAGGAUAUCGCUGGAGAGGUCGCACAUCUCAGCACAUCCAGACGAGUGGUCUUGGUGACUACCCACGGGCGCACCCUUCACAUCUCGAAGAGCUGCAUGUAGACGCAUUGUCUUGGGUGGGAUCAAUGUCAGCUACACUGCGGAAGAUUUCAGCCUUUCUCGGUGAAAGACAAGACGAGAAGACUUUUGCAAAGCACGAAGCCAGUAUACAAGGAAGCCUUGAUGGGCUCCACUGGUCUGCUGCGUCACAGGCGUAUUGUGACACGACCAUCGAUGGAAAACAUCAAAUAGUCCACGUCUGCCACAAGGGUUAUCUUUCGCUGUUCCCAUUCCUGCUCGGCCAUCUCAAUGCUACACAUCCACACCUAGAAGCAGUAUUGGAUUUAAUGCGAAAUCCAGGUGAGAUCUGGACCCCUUACGGACUUCGCAGUCUAAGUCGCAGCGACAAGUACUACAGCAAAGGAGAGAAUUACUGCAGAGGCUCGAUCUGGGUCAACUUUAAUUACAUGGUCUUGAAGCGAUUGCUGUCCCUUUCUGCUAAGCCUAGCCCACUUCAACAGAAGAUGCGCAAAUUGUACAGCGAACUUCGUACGAACAUCGUCGACACUGUUUACGCGUCCUGGGUGCAGACUAGUACUGUAUGGGAACAAUACAAUCCUGAGACAGGAAAAGGUCAAGGUACAAACGACUUCACGGGGUGGACAGCAUUGGUCGCGAAGAUAAUGGCCAUGCCAGAACUGGAGCCGAGUGUCUCAUCGCACAGAAACGCAAAUCCAAACAAGCUAAAGCUGAAAGAGGGGCUGAGAACCAACUUCUCCAGCAACAUGCUCAUUCUUUUCACUAUUGCAAUCCUUGUGAUUUGGCUUGCCUACCGGAAGAGACUGGGGUUGAUUGUGUCAAGGCUGAGAAGACCUUAG